AUGAAGGAGACGUGCGGUACUUCUAGGCGGCAAAACCAGCCUCAAAGGCAUUAUGGAAUUACAUCUCCGAUUAGCUUGGCUCCUCCUAAAGAUAUCGAUUCCAUUCAUACUCAGAAGUUGAUUGAAGCAAUGAAGCCUUUUGGAGUGUUCGAAGAUGAGGAAGAACUAAAUCAUAGGGUGGUGGUUCUUGGCAAGCUGAAUAACUUGGUCAAGGAAUGGAUUUCAGAACUUGGUGUGAGGAAGAAUCUUCCUCCUUCGACAAUAGAAAACGUGGGUGGCAAAAUACUUACAUUUGGUUCAUACAGACUUGGAGUACACACUAAAGGUGCUGAUAUAGAUGCUGUUUGUGUCGCUCCUAGACAUGUGGAAAGAUCGGAUUUUUUUCGGUCAUUCUUUGAAAAACUAAAAGAUCAAUCUAAGAUUGAAGAUGCAUAUGUACCAGUUGUCAAGUUUGAGUUUGAUGGCAUUGAGAUCGAUCUUGUGUUUGCCAGACUGUCUGUACAAACUGUGUCUGAUAAUCUUGAUCUUGGAGAUGACUCGUGCUUGAGAAGCCUGGAUAUAAGAUGUAUACGUAGCUUAAAUGGCUGCAGAGUUACCGAUCAAAUACUACAUCUAGUGCCAAAUAAAGAGAACUUCCGGCUCACGCUCCGUGCAAUUAAACUGUGGGCAAAACGUCGUAGCAUUUACUCCAACAUGCUGGGGUUUCUUGGUGGUGUUUCCUGGGCUAUGCUGGUGGCGAGAACUUGUCAGCUCUAUCCAAAUGCUUCGGCUUCUACUCUUGUUAAGAAGUUCUUCUUGGUUUUUUCAAAAUGGGAAUGGCCAAAUCCUGUAUUGCUGAAACAACCUGAAGAGAGCAAUCUUAAUUUACCAGUAUGGGACCCUAGGGUGAACCCAUCAGACCGAUAUCAUGUAAUGCCUAUCAUCACCCCAGCCUAUCCACAGCAGAACUCCACAUACAACGUGUCUACAUCAACACGAGCGGUAAUAGUGGAAGAGCUCAAACAUGGUCUUGCAGUUACAAAUGAGAUUCUCCAAGGAAAAGCGGACUGGUCAAAGCUCUUUGAACCACUGAACUUCUUCCAGAAAUACAAACAUUACAUUGUGCUGACUGCUAGUGCCUCUACUGAAGAGCAUCGCUUAAAAUGGAUUGGCCUAGUCGAAUCUAAAAUUCGUGUGCUGGUUGCAAACUUGGAGAGGAAUGAAUUUAUAACUAUUGCACAUGUAAAGCCACAGUCUUUCCCUGUCAAGGAAGAACUCCGUAAACAGAGUGGCUAUAAAACUAUGUGGUUUGUCGGGAUUGUAUUUAAAAAAGCAGAAAAUGCGGAAAGUGUUAAUAUUGAUUUAACACAUGUUAUACAGUCGUUCACUGAUACAGUUUAUCGCCAGGCGAAUAACAUCAGCAUAUUCAAAGAAGGAAUGAAGAUAGAAGUGUGUCACGUAAAAAGGAAACAACUGCACUAUUUUCUGCCUGUAGAAGCAUUACAGAAAAGGAAGAAGCAAACUGUUCCAGAUGUUAGUUCAAAAGAUAGUGUGGUUCAAUGCAAAAGGACUACGGAUGGAAGCUGUUCGGGUGGUCACAGAGACGUGGGCUCCAGGAUGCCAUAUAAUUCUUCUUCGUUAAAAAAGAUCUUCAGAUUAGAAGCUCCUGUAGCAGAGCUGGAAAGAAAUACUGUCUAUCAAAGACGCAAUAAUAAGGUACCUUAUACGGCCAUGCCAAGAGUGUCCAAGGGACUCUCCGUUCCUGCUAUGGAUUCAAAAAUGGAGGCUGCAGUUGCACUAAGAACAUCGGGACCUCCAGCUGGUUGCACUAUUCCAGGACAUAACGCAAUUUCUCAACUGAGAGGACAUUUUGUCCAAGGACAGCGUGAAUUAAGUGGGACUCCAUUUGCAGAUCCUAAGAAUGCUGUACCUACACAACCUUAUUUACCGCCUUUUAAAGGGCGUUUGCCUGCAUCAGAAGAAUGCCUCAAAAAACCAAUAGAUGGAGAAAGGUUAACUGGCCAGGAUUCAGCAUUCAAAGGUGGGGGCAAUCCAGAUGAUGUCAGGAGGAGAUCUACAGAAAAUGGUGUCCUUGGAGGAAAAUCCAUGCUGAUUCCAAUUAUCAACACAUCAAGAUCACAGAGGCUUUCCACUAAAGAACUACCGGAUUCAUCACCUCCUGUUCCAACGGAUAGCAUUCUUGUCGUUAAAAGAUCCAUCAAACUUACCCUUAAUGACUAA